GGUGGUCAUAUGUUAACCAAUACGCAAAGCCUGACAAUCGUAUGUCCCCGUUCUGUCAAGGCCGUACUAGCUAUCAAAAUUCAAAAUGGAUGACUCUAUAAUUCAGCACCACUUCGAGGAAGUGUUCAACGCACUUCAAGAUCGUGAAUACUUCGAGAUUUUCACAAAAAUGAGACCAGCUAAAUACCCCAGGAUCAAGCGAACCUUGGUGAAAAUUCUUAAGCAGAAACGUCCUGUUGAUCCAGAUGAGUCUGAAUUCUUGAGGACUUACUUAGAGAAGAUUCGCAAUGACGAUACCACAGCGCCGUCUUCAGAAGCUUCAUCUAGUAGACCGACUAGAACUUUUACAGAAGAGGUAUUAGAGAGGUUACAAGACCAAGGGUCGGCCAAGAAAGGUAGGAAAAAAGAGAUAAGAAACAGAUUACUUGAGUGCCGGAAUUGUGGAAAGUACGUUAAUGAAGAAUUCUUCAAGGAUCAUGAAAUGAAAUGUUUUGCUGAAAGUGAUACUACUAUUUAUGAAUAAACGUGAAGUUUUAG